AGCUGGGAGGGACCCGGCGCCGGCAGCGAGGUGCGGCUGCCGGGCGGUGCUUCGCCGCCGCUCUGUCCGCAUCGCGCCGGCGGAUCCCCCCGGGCAAGGAGCGGGCCAGGGCUUGGCCGGGCCCUGCCGCCGUCGCCGGCCGCGGAGUGGAUGAUGUCACUAAUACCCCUCAGGAAGCUCUCCUUGCUGAGGAAAAGGAGAACGUUCCAACAGGACUAGGAGCUGUGGCGUGGAAAGUCCCAGAACAAACAUAGCUUGUGACUUAGCUACUGGUGCUGCUCAGUCUUCACCUCUUUAAAUUAAAAUCAAGCACAACUGCCUCAGAAACUUGUGGACAAGAGAAAGGCCAUGAGACUGCUCCCACGAUGGCAAAGAUUUGUAUGAAAGGCUUUGUUGACCACUGCAGGACUUAAAUGCAAAAAGCAGAAAGCACUAGCUGGUAGCUCAGUGUGGAGCAAACAUUUUAUUUUAAACUUCAAAAACAAUUAUGUCAAAGAAAAGCCGUGCCAAGGGAGAGAAGCCCGACAUGGAGACUGAAGCCCUGCAAGCUGCUAAUGAGGAGCUGCGAACUAAACUGACCAACAUCCAGAUAGAAUUCCAGCAAGAAAAAACCAAGGUGGGUAAACUGAGAGAAAAAAUCCAAGAGGUUAAGCAAGAAAGGGAGCAGGAGCAGCAUAAGCACACUGCCUAUGUUUCUGAACUGAAAGCCAAGCUCCACGAGGAGAAAAUGAAGGAACUUCAGAGUGUCAGAGAGCUACUGAUCCGGCAGCAUGAGCAGGAGGUGGCAAGGAUGGUGAAAAUCAAAGAUGGUGAAAUUCAGCGUUUGCAGUCAACAGUCAACGUCCUGCGGGACGGGGCGGCUGACAAGGUGAAGACGGCGCUGCUGAGCGAGGCCAAGGAGGAGGCUCGCAAGGCGUUCGAUGGGGAACGGAUGAAGCUGCAACAAGAGAUCCUGGAGCUGAAAUCUGGCAAAAAGCAGCUUGAGGAAGCUCUGAACAACAUUAUGCAGGCAGAUAAAAUGAAGGCGGCGGACCUGCGCACGGCUUAUCAGUCCCACCAGGAUGAGAUCAAUAGAAUAAAGCGGGAGUGCGAGAGGGAGAUCCGCAGGCUGAUGGACGAGAUAAAAGGCAAAGACAGGGUGAUUCUGGCUCUGGAGAAGGACCUUGGUGUCCAGGCAGGCCAUACACAGAAACUGCUCCUUCAGAAAGAAGCUUUGGAUGAGCAGCUUGUCCAAGUGAAGGAGGCAGAACGGUACCACAGUAGUCCUAAGAGGGAGCUUCCUGCAGGAGUGGGAGAUAUCAGUGAACUGAUGGGAAGUCCGGAGCAGCAUCUGGAUGAACGAGAUGUGCGGAGAUUUCAGUUAAAAAUCGCUGAACUGAAUGCUGUAAUAAGAAAGCUGGAAGACAGAAAUACUCUCCUAGCAGAUGAAAGAAAUGAACUGCUGAAACGUUCUCGAGAGACAGAAAGUCAGCUGAAGCCUUUGGUAGAAAAAAAUAAGAGGAUGAGCAAAAAAAAUGAUGAUAUGUUACAAUGUAUCCAGAGAAUGGAAGAGAAAAUAAAAAAUUUAUCGAGGGAAAAUGUAGAACUGAAAGAAAAGUUAUCUGCACAGCCAGCACUGAAGAGGCACACAUCUUUGAAUGAUCUCAGCAGCACACGAGAGGAACAAGAAAUUGAAUUCCUUAGACUGCAAGUCAAAGAACAACAGCAUGUUAUUGAUGAUCUCACUGUGGAAAGAGAACGGUUAUUGCGGUCUAAAAAACAGAGGAGAAAAAGUCUGAAGCCUCCAAAGAGGCAUGUUGUGGAGACAUUUUUUGGAUUUGAUGAAGAAUCUCUUGAUUCAGAAACUUCAUCUGUAACUUCAUACAACACAGACAAAACAGACAGGACACCUGCAACACCAGAAGAGGAUUUGGAAGAUAGCACGCCUAAAGAAGAAGCUGAACUCAGGUUUUGCCAGCUAACAAGAGAGUAUCAAGCUUUGCAAAGAGCAUAUGCAUUGCUCCAGGAACAAGUUGGUGGAACCCUGGAUGCAGAGAGAGAAGCAAGGACUCGUGAACAACUGCAAGCUGAUCUUCUCAGGUGUCAGGCAAAAAUUGAGGACCUGGAGAAAGCUCUAAUGGAGAAGGGGCAGGAUUCAAAAUGGGUAGAAGAAAAGCAGCUGUUAAUUAGGACAAAUCAGGAGUUGCUAGAGAAGAUUUACAGAAUGGAACAAGAGGAGCAUCAGCUGAAGAAUGAGAUGCAAGAUGCAAAAGACCAGAAUGAGCUGUUAGAAUUCAGAGUGCUAGAGCUUGAAGAGAGAGAGCGAAGGUCACCAGCAUUUAAUCUUCAUAUAACCACCUUCCCUGAAAACAAUGGAAGUGCACUUCAACUGUUCUGCCAUCAGGAGGGAAUAAAGGACGUGAAUAUAUCUGAACUUAUGAAGAAGCUAGAUAUUCUUGGAGAUAAUGGGAAUUUGAGAAAUGAAGAGCAGGUUGCAAUAAUCCAAGCUGGGACUGUCCUUUCCCUCUGUGAAAAGUGGUUAAAACAGAUAGAGGGGACAGAAGCUGCACUGACACAGAAGAUGUUAGACCUGGAGAAUGAGAAGAAAAUCCAGGAGCUGGAAGCCACGCUGUAUAAUGCCCUGCAGCAGGAUCCAGGCAGGCGGGCGAGCGAGUCGCUGACGGAAGCGCAGCGCGAGGAUUUGCGGGCGGCGGUGGAGAAGGUGCGGCGGCAGAUCCUGAGGCAGAGCCGAGAGUUUGACAGCCAGAUCUUGCACGAGCGGAUGGAGCUGCUGCAGCAGGCCCAGCAGCGAAUUCGAGAUCUAGAAGAUAAAAUAGAACUUCAAAAGAGGCAACUCAAAGAAAUUGAGGAAAAGCAUUCAUUCUGUGGCCUUGAUGACACAACUGAGCCGAGACGUGUGGCUAUUAAAAGAACCUAUGGAGUGAAAAGCUGAGUCCACAUGCAAAAAUACAGAAAAUAUUUAUUAAGCAGUUUUAAAUUGGUGCAUUUUUUUCAUAAAGCAGUGUGCAUAAUCCUUGAAGCUGCAAAGUAUUUGAACUUAAAAUUAGAGACUUUUUUUAAAGAUGUAGCUUCAAGCUGGAAUUAUUUCACAAUCAAAUAAGGACCAGCACAUCAUAAACACUGAAAAAAAAUUUAAACAGAACUUACACUCUCCCACCAACCAAACAGCAGAAAAAAUACAAGUGCAAUUACUGGCUGCUAUGUGAACUAUUAUCUACCAAAUGUUUUCUUACAGUACUGAGAUUUUUGUCUCCAUACUGCAUGCUUUCAACAAAUGUGGUUUGCAUUUCCCAAGGAACCCCAGAAACACAGGAUCUCCUUUUUAAUAUCUAUAUUAAAAAAGCUAAGUGUUUGACAUUAAGUUGUCUAUAGUAAAUAGCUGAAAGGAAGCAAACUGUUCAAAGUUGGAAACAAAAAAGAAGAUUUACAACCCUGCAGUGGUCAAAUUCAUAUUAAAUUCCUAAACUGGAAAUCCUCAGGUGCAGAAAGGAAGGGUUUUGGAGAAAGGCAAGGUGGUAGAUUGAAGCAUGAAAACUUUAAAGUGGGUGAGAACUGUGUGGGAAAUAUGAUUCUUUGAAUGUUUCUUGAAAAGUAAGGCAAUGUCUUGUAAAGACAGCAUUGGGAAACGGACUGAUUCCGUGGCAGCCUGAGAGCUCAGGGAAAGAGAAUGAAUGAUGUGCUGUGCUCAGUUAUCUCUUCGAGAAGAAAGAAGGACUUGGAGAAAUGGGCAUGUAGAUAAACAUGAUAAGCAGAGAAAUAGUUGAACAUGAAUAUUUGGAAAUAUGGCAUCCUCUCAGGUGAAAUAAAAAAACAUCUUCAUUAGUAAAAAUGGCACAACCUCAACCAGCAGAGGUAGAUAAACAGUCAUUGACCACCUGGACUACAAGAAAAAUUUGGGGUGAAGCACACACUGAGAAAAUGGAAGUUGCAAAGACCUUUUUAAGAGAAUCGUUAGAAAAUGAAAAAAAAUAUUACUGUUUCAAAGAGGGAAAAGCAAAUCAAUACUUAAGAACUGGAAAGGCAAUAUGAAGAAAUAGAUAAUUUUAAUUAUUUCUGAAAUGUCGAGGCAAGAUGAAAACGUUAAGAGCACAAUGUUAGAAGAUAACUUUCUCCUCCCUCACAUUUUCUUGAAAAUCAUAUUUGUGUAGAAAGCCACAGAGAAACAAGCCUGCUCCCAUGGACACACUGAACUCCAACAUGAAGUAGCUGGUUACUAUAAUAUAUCACAUGAAGUACCAAUUAUGAUUAACAAAAACAACAUAAGGCAAU